CUUGAGGCGGGUCGCUCAAGGUCGCCGGGACGAAUAGCAGUGCCACCCGUUAAACUCAGUGAACAUGAGAGAUCUGAAAAAAGAUGAGUUCGCUAAGGUUGUAGCCAAACUACAGAAAUAUAUUAAGGAUGUUGAUGAAUUAUUAAACAGACCAGACGACAAGUACAAUUUUUACUACCAUCGUGAUCGCGUUUUUUAUUGCCGUUCGACACUCGCAAAACAUGCUGCAUCAAUCAAAAAGAAACAUUUGCUAAGCUUUGGGACUUGUAUUGGUCGCUUCUCAAAAACAGGCAACUUUAGACUCCACAUAACCGCGCUCGACUUCUUAUCACCGUAUGCCAUGUAUCGUGUUUGGUUAAAAGCACCGUCUGAACAGCAGUUUCUUUAUGGACAAAAUAUUUUGAGGUCAGGCGUCGCUAAGAUGUCGGACAACACUCCUCAGUACGCCGGUGUUGUUGUAAUGAACAUGAGUGAUAUGCCUCUAGGUUUUGGGGUUGCUGCCAAGUCAUCUCUGCAAGUAAAAAACACUGAUCCAAUGACAAUAACCGUCUUUCACCAAGCUGAUAUUGGGGAGUAUAUUCGAUCGGAAGAAACUAUCGUUUGAAUUACAUCUCGAGGCACUGUCAGGUAUAUACGUUGAGAAAUGCCUAAUUAACGACUGUCCUAUCUUAGCUGUGUGAAAAAUGUAUUUAUACCUAUUUUGCUUCGUGAUUGUCCUCAGUCUCUUCGAUGGUUUUAGAAUCUAAAAAUACGACUACGGUUAAUAUAAGACUUUUUUGGCGGAAAAAAUAGUAAAUAUGCGAUUUGGAAAAAAUUCUGUCUUUAUCUCUAUAAGAACCAUAAACUUCCAGAAUUGUGUGAGCUUCGAGCACAUGCGAGAUAUGCUAGACAGAAACGUAAGCUACUCGUGUCACGGAACUUGAAUCCCCUUUGUUUUGUACUGUUCACGCUUCCCCUCAUAUUAUCACAUCCCUUCAAAGCACCUUGAUGCACAACUUACAAUUCCUCUUCUGCAAAGUUUUAUUUAGAAGCAAAUUAGAACUGCUUGCAAAUAAAUUAGUUUACUCUUUAA